AUAGAUAACUUCAAGCUGAAAUCUGUCAGAGGAAUUGUGACCCAUCUCUGCCCCGACUAUGGCUGGAUUAAUGAAACCAUCUUCUUUAAUCCUGACAUGGUAUGUGGAAAUGUUCCAGUGAAUGUUGGAAUGAGUGUCAUUGCUCUUGUAGAAGAGGAUGAAACCACUCACGCAGUGAAAACCAUCAAAGUGAAAGCCAUGUCUGAUCCUAUCUAUGGUAUUGAACCAUCAGAAUUUGACAAAAGACUUUGCAUUAAGUGUGUGACUUACGCAACACGGGACAACAUCUUCAUAAGCAAUGAAACAUUUUUCCCCAUGCAACUACUUUCUGGAGGAUUUUUGCCCUUUAAAGGGGACUUGUUGCUGGUUGAGUAUUCCUUGAAGCCAGGUACUUCAAACAUCACUAUUCACGCUGUGAGCCUGCUAAACUCCCAAAAUAUGGAUGAGGUCUGUGUGACCAGUAUUGAUGGAAGAACUGGCGUGGUAGACGACAUCAUCUUUUUCACCUUGGACUCUCUCCAGAAGCCUAACGACUAUACUCCAGGGCUGUACGACAUUGUGAAUGUAGUUGCUGUGGACAGCAUUCAACCAAACUGUUCUUGGAGAGCAGUAUCAAUGGUCCCAGUGGAAAUGUGUAUUGACCAGGCCUCGUAA